CAAUUAGUCAAAGCACACAAUGAAUAUGAUCUCCAUAUCAUUUUGCAUUUCUCGACAAAUAUAAUCUGUUUCGCUAUUCUAAGUGGUUAUUUUAUUCUGAGUAAUGAAGAACUCGUCAUUCUUAAUUCUUGGGUUCAGGAAUUCCUCUAUAACUUAAGUGACACAAUAAAAGCUUUUUCUAUUCUUUUAGUUACUGAUUUAUGGAUCGGAUUUCACUCGACCCAUGGUUGGGAACUAAUGAUUGGUUCGGUCUACAACGAUUUUGGAUUGGAUCAUAACGAUCAAAUUAUAUCUGGUCUUGUUUCCACUUUUCCAGUUAUUCUAGAUACAAUUGUGAAAUAUUGGAUCUUCCUUUUUUUAAAUCGUGUAUCUCCUUCGCUUGUAGUAAUUUAUCAUUCAAUGAAUGAAUAAAGAACUCAUUUGAUCUUAUUAUAUCAAUCAAAUCAGAAUCUUUCUUCGUGUAUAAAGAAAGUAUUUUCAAUUUGACUUAAUUCUUUAUACUUUUAUCUGUUCAAGGUAUUCGUCCUAUAUUCCAGUACAAUUAUUCCAGUACAAUGACAGACUCGUGUAUAGGGAACUAUACUAGCUACCUAUCUAAUUUAUUGUAGAAAUUCGGGGAUCAAUGAUUGGACAUGCAAAAUAAAAAUACUUUUUCUUGGGUAAAGGAAGAGAUGACUCGAUCCAUUUCUGUAUCGAUCAUGAUAUAUGUAAUAACUCGGGCAUCUAUUUCAAAUGCAUAUCCCAUUUUUGCGCAGCAGGGUUAUGAAAACCCGCGAGAAGCAACGGGACGAAUUGUAUGUGCCAAUUGCCAUUUAGCUAAUAAACCCGUGGAUAUUGAAGUUCCGCAAGCUGUGCUUCCUGAUACUGUAUUUGAAGCAGUUGUUCGAAUCCCUUAUGAUAAGCAACUGAAACAAGUUCUUGCUAAUGGUAAAAAGGGGACUUUGAAUGUGGGGGCUGUUCUCAUUUUACCCGACGGAUUCGAAUUAGCCCCCCUUGAUCGUAUUUCUCCUGAGUUGAAAGAAAAGAUAGGAAAUCUGUCUUUUCAGAGUUAUCGUCCCAACAAAAGAAAUAUUAUUGUGAUAGGUCCUGUUCCCGGUCAGAAAUAUAGUGAAAUCGUCUUUCCCAUUCUUUCCCCCGACCCUGCUACGAAGAAAGACGUUCACUUCUUAAAAUAUCCCAUAUACGUAGGUGGGAACAGAGGAAGGGGUCAGAUUUAUCCUGAUGGUAGCAAAAGUAACAAUACAGUCUAUAAUGCUACAUCAGCAGGUAUAGUAAGCAGAAUAGUACGUAAAGAAAAAGGGGGAUAUGAAAUAACCAUAGUUGAUGCAUCGGAUGGACAUCAAGUGGUUGAUAUUAUACCUCCAGGACCAGAACUUCUUGUUUCAGAGGGUGAAUCCAUCAAGCUUGAUCAACCAUUAACAAGCAAUCCCAAUGUGGGAGGCUUUGGUCAGGGAGAUGCAGAAAUAGUGCUUCAAGACCCAUUACGGGUCCAAGGUCUUUUGUUCUUCUUGGCAUCUGUUAUUUUGGCACAAGUUUUUUUGGUUCUUAAAAAGAAACAGUUUGAAAAGGUUCAAUUGUACGAAAUGAAUUUCUAGGUGCAGAGAUUCCUUAACAUCAAGUUGGUAAAAAGCGCCGAAUUUUUUUUGAUCCAUACAAUUAUGUAUGAUCAAAAAAUCUGUAAACCUUUUUGGUUGCUUUGUUUAUACUUUUUUUUCGUUUUGCGGGAUGUCUGGAAUUCAUUACUUGUAUCCUAUUCUUAGUAAUAGACAAUAGACAUACAAAGAAAGAGAAUACAGAGCAAGGAUGGGAAAAAUGAAAGAAAGAAAUCCUUUUAGGAGGGAUUACUAGUCUUACGAGUCUUCUAUUCGACACAAGAAAAGGGCGGAAAAUCCUUUUUCUUGUGUCGUCUUAUAUCGAAAUAAUAAUGAUUUUUUCUCCUGUUCGUCAAAGAUUACCAUUCCUUCUUUUCCGGGUCCACCAGAACUCUUUUGGUUAGAUUCAUAGGAAGUUGUGGACAAACAAAAAGAGAGAAAGGAUUAGGGGAAUAAUUGAUUGAGCAAAUAGAACUUCUUCAAUUAACUUAAACUUUUAACUUAGAGAAAUUAUUCAAGAGAAAUUAUUCAAACAAAUUAUAUUAUAGAGUUUUAUAGAGUAAGUUCUAUAGAGUAAGUUCUAUUAGUAGUUUAGUAUAGAAAUUAUUUGCAGGAUGUCUCAUGCGUAGAAAUCUAUAUAAUAUUGUAUUAUUCAGAAAAUCCAUUGAUUACUCUUUUCUUGUUUCUUCAUAAGAGUUAAUAUUAUGGAGGAAAGGAAGAACAGAGACUAUGAAUCAAUCAAUAGAUUCAAUUCUUCAAAAACAUUAUUAAGAAACAAAAGAAUAGAGUGGUUUGAAACAUCAGAGCAAAGGAUCCGUUUUGUCAUUUCAUUUCUACGAAUAUAAUAUUUUGAUUAUGUUGACUGGCCAAUUUGUAUGUUAUGGAAUAGAUCAUAAUCUUCCUAUAAGAGUAAGAAAAGAACUCAACGGGACCUUAUCGCUCUAAUUAGACAAAGGAGGGUAAGGUCCCGUUGAGUUCUUUUCUUACUCUUUCAUGUCUACAAUCCGGUUUAUCCGAUUACUAGAGAGAUGAACCCAACCCAGAAUAUGAACCGUAAAAGAAAACACCUAUUAAACCGAUCACAGGAAUACCAGUUACAGUACCAACCAGCCAAAGAGGAAUCCUUCCAGUAGUAUCGGCCAUUUCCCCUACUUUCCUCCACAUUUUCUCAAAUGGUCGUGCUAGAGACAAAAACAGUCAUGGAUAAUUAUGAGGAUGGUAUCUUUCCGAAUGGGAUAAGAGAAUUCCUACUAUUCUCUUUCUUUCUUUCAAUUGAAGAAAUAAUUGGAAAAUAAAACAGCAAGUACAAAAAUGAGUAAUAAACCCCAGUAUAGACUGGUACGAUUCAAUUCAACAUUUUGUUCAUUCGGGUUUGAUUGUGUCAUAGCUCUAUAAUUCAAAUUAGGUUUAUCGUUGGAUGAACUGCAUUGCUGAUAUUGACCCCAAAAAAGAAACGGUAGGUACAGCUAGUCCGUGAACAGCCAACCAUCGCACUGUAAAAAUUGGAUAGGUUCGAUCUAUGGUCAUUGGGGGCCUCCUAAAAGGAUUUACUAAAUUCAUCAAGUUGUUCCAAAGAAUCAAAACGGCCGGUUAUCAAUGGAAUACCUUGUCGGCUCUCUGUGAAAUACUCGUUUGGCCGAGGACUUCCAAACACGUCGUAAGCUAAACCCGUACUGACGAAUAACCAACCCGCAAUGAAUAGGGAAGGUAUAGUAAUGCUAUGAAUGACCCAGUAUCGAAUACUGGUAAUAAUAUCAGCAAAAGAACGUUCUCCCGUGCUUCCAGACAUUCUGAGCUCCACAAAUUUUUGUACAUUCAAAAAAGGGAAUCGAUUCCUUGAAAGAUGGGAUCAGUAAAUGGAAAACUACUGAUAUUGCAUCUUUGUGAGAUCGUCAAUUUUGUACCAAAGGUUUAUUUCAAGUAUACCGAAUCAGUAUAGCUAUCCUUCCUCUGGCACAGCAACGCAGUCUCGAUCGGUACCGAAAUGCUACAUAAUUCUUUUCUUCUUUUUUUGUUCCUUGUCUAUGCAUAACUCUAUGUUAUUCAAUAGAUCAAUAGAAAAUUACUCAAAUUCCUUAUAAGAUUUCCAUUAUUGGAUUCAUAAUAGAAAGUAAAGAUCUUGGAAAAGCGUGAAUCGAUGGUUUCUAAUAAUUUAUGAAGCAUAUUAUAAUAUUCACACAAUUCAAUUAUAUGUAUGCGAAAUCUAUAAUAAACCCAUUUUUUGGUUAAAAGUUUUUUUGUUCAAAUCUUUUUAUUUCAAGUAAUUGGUUGGUCGUAUAAUACAAUAAAUAUACUGUAAUACAAAAUACAAUAGUAUAUACUAUAUUAGUGAAAGAAACAGAACAUGAAAGAAACAGAACCCAGUUGGAACAAUCCAUAUUCGUGAUGCAACCGUUAUUGUAUUAGAUCCAAAACAAAGGUUCUUUCUUGACCAAACUAGAAGUAUGGAACUCCAUGAUAUGGAAAGACAGAAUAUAGAAUCUAAAAGGAUAAUGGAAGUUGUUCGUCUUUGAAUCGAGUUGGACCUGAAAAAAAAGAAUAAAAAUAUAAAAAUGAAAAAUAGAGUAAAGGUUUUAUUUUUUUCGAUAGAUCGUGGGACACCUUUUUCUUUUCAUUCGAAAUAUUAUGUUAUGGGCAAUUAAGCAACCUAUUACUGUACUGAGUCCAAUGAGUUAAAAUAAAUAAAAGGUAAAUAGUAUCAGGCCGUUCGUUCCAAAAAGGAUUAGAUCCUAUUGAAAUAGAAAGGAAAUGAUUAAAAUGGAAUUUUCAAAUCCAAUUCUUUUAUUCCAAAAUUACUUAAAUUACUUAUAUUUUAUUUAAUAUUUUAUUUAAUAUUUAAGUAUAAGUCCAUAAGUAAUUUAAGUUUUGAAUGAAGUUACACGGCACAGUUCUUAAUUACUAUUACUUUUACUUAUACUUUAUAUUUUACUUACUUUUACUAUUACUUUAUUCAACUCACAAAUACUUUAUUCAACUCACAAAUUCCACAAUGAAUCUGUUGAUUCCGAAUCAUAGGAUCGGUCAAUGUCACAGCAGAUGAAUCGAAUUUUUCUACCUAUGUCACUCUUAGUUAGUCUUAUCUAUAAUGACUGAUGAAUCCAGAAUUUUCAAUUGGAACUAAACUAAUUCUGUCAAUUGAUUUUUUCUUGCCGUCGUAUUUUGUAAAAAUUGAAACUUAGGUAAGUGUUUUAUCAACAUAUGUAGCAAAAGAACAUAUCUAAUUUAGCUCUUUCAUGCUUACUAUAACUAGUUAUUUCGGUUUUCUACUGGCUGCUUUAACUAUAACCUCAGCUCUAUUCAUUGGUUUGAACAAGAUACGACUUAUUUGAAAUGAAUUGAAUGAAAAAUUGAUAAAAACGAAUAUUUCUCUGAGAUUCCGGGUAUUCUAUGGUUCUUUCUCACAUCAAUUGCCAAUUCUUGGUCAUUGAGAUUCACGGAUAAUUCAGAUUAAUAUUUAGGGAUAGAUCUUACCUUUCUUUUUAUCCCCUUAAACAAACCGAAAUGAUUGAAGUUUUUCUAUUUGGAAUCGUCUUAGGUCUAAUUCCUAUUACUUUAGCAGGAUUAUUCGUAACCGCAUAUUUACAAUAUAGACGUGGUGAUCAGUUGGACCUUUGAUUGAGUAAUAUUUCUUUCUUUUUUUGAUUGACCUCCUGCAGGAAGGAGGUCAAAUUCAAGUUACAAUUCAACUUUUUGUUUUGUUAAAUUAUUAAUUAUUUUAUUGUGAUUCGACAUCAAAUAAACCGAAUCACGCUCUGUAGGAUUUGAACCUACGACAUCGGGUUUUGGAGACCCGCGUUCUACCGAACUGAACUAAGAGCGCUUUCUUAUCCUUAUGACAGGAGAUACGACUGUACUGUAAAGAAAAGUAAUUUUUCUACCCCCAAUACGUCUUGCAUACAUAUAGUAUGCAAGACCGGAAGAUUAUGUCCAAUUUUAAUCGAUCUCAAUGAAUCCCUCGUUACUGCCCAUGGGAGAAGUAAUAGGUAGGGAUGACAGGAUUUGAACCCGUGACAUUUUGUACCCAAAACAAACGCGCUACCAAGCUGCGCUACAUCCCUUUUCAAAAUUGUUGUACAGUUUCAUUGUACAAAAUCCCUGUCUUGUUUUCCAUAUCGUCAUUUUCUCCUCCAUCUAUAUACAAUUUUCUUGUCAUUUCUUCUUUUUGGUUUCAUAUAAUAAAAGAAUUAUAUACAUCUGAAACCUAACGUAUAAAAAAGUUAAUAUUUAUCAGUAAUGCUCAGGAACAAGGGAUUAGAUUUUUUUUCUUUUACAAAAAAAGAAAAAAAUCUAUUGCUUCAUUGUACAUAUCUAUUUUAGUUAGGAAUCCUGUUUAGUUAGGAAUUCCGUGUAAAAAAAUACAAAUGAUCUUGAACUACAGCAUCUGACCAUAUAUGUAUUACAAUCCAUAAUAGAAGGAGGAUUUUCAAUGCGAGAUAUAAAAACAUAUCUCUCCGUGGCACCUGUGCUAAGUACUCUAUGGUUUGGGUCUUUAGCAGGCCUAUUGAUAGAAAUUAAUCGGUUAUUUCCGGAUGCCUUGUCAUUCCCCUUUUUUUAAUUCUAGUUAUUGAUUGAUAUGCGAAGAAAUGAAGAAAAUUAGAGAUACAAUUCCACGUGACUAAAAUUUCGAAUUUCGCCCCUAUUUUUUCAGUUCUUUAGGAUAGGAAGGAAAAGAAAAAAGUGUAUUGAACCUCAGCAAAAAUGUGGUAGAUCGAAGAUCGAAUUUUGGAGAACAGAAAUGAAAAUGUGGAUCCAGUCUACGGCGAGUUCCACGAAAUCAUAGCAUAGAAAGAAGAUAUUUAACUUAAAUAAUAAAUAAAAUAAAUAUUAAUAAAAUAUUGAGAUUUAGGAUAGGAACAAUUGAGAGUUAGAAAGAAAUUGUAUUAUUUAAUUAUUACUCCAUUAAAUUAUUACUUUAUUAUUCUAGUAAAAUUGUUACUCCAUUAAUAUAAUAUUAAUUAUCAUUAUAUAAUGAAAUGAUAAUUGCAACGAAAUACUUAGAAAUUCCAUUUCUAGUUAGUAACUUCUAUCGAUUUUUUUUGUUCUUUUCUUCUUCUUCAGCUCGGAUCGAAAAUAGAAGAGUUAAGCCGAUCCAAAAUUCAAAGGAGGUUCAUGGCCAAGGGUAAAGAUGUCAGAGUCAUAGUUAUUUUGGAAUGUACCAGUUGUGCCCGAAAUGAUGUCAAUAAAGAAUCGCCAGGUAUUUCUAGAUAUAUUACUCAAAAGAAUCGACACAAUACGCCUGGUCGAUUAGAAUUGAGAAAAUUUUGUCGCUAUUGUAACAAGCAUACGAUUCAUGGAGAAAUAAAGAAAUAGAUCGAACAGAACGCGUGUGCGCUCUCGCCAAGGAAGAGGAAGAACUUAACAUAUAUUUAGAAGAACUUAACAUAUAUUUAACAUACUUAACAUAUAUUUAACAUAUAUAAUAUACAUAAUGUAUAAUAUACAUAAUGUAUAAGAUAUAUAAUAUACAUAAUGUAUACAAAUCAAAGCCUAUUUUGGUCGGAUCUGAACUGAAGUGAAUAAAGAAAUAGAAUUUUAGAAAUAAGGAAUAAACCAUGGAUAAAUCCAAGCAAUCUUUUCGUAAAUCCAAGCGAUCUUUUCGUAGGCGUUUGCCCCCAAUUGGAUCGGGGGAUCGAAUCGAUUAUAGAAACAUGAGUUUAAUUAGUCGAUUUAUUAGUGAACAAGGAAAAAUAUUAUCUAGGCGGGUGAAUAGAUUGACUUUGAAACAACAACGAUUAAUUACUAUUGCUAUAAAGCAAGCCCGUAUUUUAUCUUUGUUACCUUUUCUUAAUAAUGAGAAACAAUUUGAGAGAGCCGAGUCGAUCCCCAGAACUACUGGUCCUAGAACCAAAAAUAAAUAGACAUACUCUUCAAUUGACUCAAAACUCCAAUUGUAACUCAAGCUCAGAUUGAUGUUUUGUUCGAAAAGGCCUAGAAUCUAGAGCGGGUUCCUGUGUUAUAAGAAACAAAAAAUGGAGAAAAUUUUUUUUAUUGAAACAUAUUCGUUCAUUCCUAUUACUAUCUUAAUUUCUUUUUAUUCUAUUUUCCCGGAGUUCCUUCUCCGGGGAAUUCUGUUUCAAUCAUUCCUGUACUGUAUAUUACUUUAGAAUCUACUUUAUUUGAUGAUCUUGUUGGAAAUCAUGUAAAGACAAUUCUUAUUUGAUAUAGCUAUUUGUGCAGGUAUUUUACGAUUAAGAAGCAAUUGCUUCUUGUACAGAUUGUGUAUUAAUCUACUAUAACUAUACAAUACCUUAUUAUCACGAGUUACUGCAUUUAUCCGAGUGAUCCACAAACGACGAAAAUCCCUCUUUUGCCUGCCUCUAUCUCGAUGAGAGGAAGCCAAAGCUCUCAUUUUCUGUUGAGUAAUCGUUCGAGUAAGUCUUGAAUGAGCUCCUCUAGAGGUUGAUGCAAAUAAACGAAUUUUUGUUCGACGUCUCCGAGCUGUAUAUCCCCGUCUAACUCUGGUCAUUGAAUCAAAUUAAACCUUAAUGAAUAACUAAUUGAUUUCGAUUCUUUCAGUCAUCCUUUUCCCCUCUCACGGUCGAUUAAUAACAAAACGGAUUAUUCCGAUAUAUAAAAUAUAAAUUCCAAUGGCUUUUGCUACUAUAACCUUCCUGACCACAAUUUUUUAUUCCGUCCAGGCAUUUCACCUGCAAAUAAGAAAUUAUAAUGAUACUCAAAAAAAAUAGUGGGUUCCAUCGUUUCUAUGGUUACUUCUUAAACGGUGAGGUCCUCUCUAUACACCGGAGCCUCUUCUUUCAUUUAACCAAAUGGUAUUGUGAACUUGUAUAGUUCACACUCUUUGGCUCUACCCAUCAAUUAUAGAGUAAUAACUCUUUUCACACUAAGAGUUAUCUAUACAGUGACGGCAUUUAAUUAGGAAAGUUGGCUAGGUAGCUGACCCUCUUAGUCCGCUCUUUUAACAAUAGGCGCAUAAUCUUUUUGCUUCUUAUAAUACUAUUUCCUCCGCUUAAUGGAUAACUAUUUGCUACCAAUGGGGAAUUGCUUUUCAUCUCAAAUCUAGGUGAUUGGAUUUGCACCAAUGGAAACCAUAAAUUCCAUACACAAUAUAGGUAUAUGAUAGAUCUUUUCCAUUUACCCUAUUCAUUGGUACCGGUCAUUGACACUGGAAAAAUUGUCUCAUUUGUUCGAACUCAUGAUCUGAACGAGUCGCACAUACACCCUAGUACAUGUUCCUCGACGCUGAGGACAUCCUCUAAGAGCGGGAGAUUUCGUAACAUUUCUUAUCGGCUGUCUUGCGUUUCUAAUAAGUUGUUUAAUAGUUGGCAUGUCGUAUAUAUAUAUAUGUAUAUAUAGAAUUAGAAUGGAAUGGGUUGGUUUAGAUCGAUCUUAACCUGAUGAUUGGAUUGAUGAUUAUGAAUUUUUUCUAUUCAAUACCAAAUCACAGAAAAUUCGAAUUAUGGUUUGAAAUGGAUUUACACGAAAUCCCCGGUAUUUUCAUUUUCGACCGCUACGAGAUCAACAAUGCCAUGAGCUUGGGCUUCUGUUGCUGACAUAAAAACAUCCCUUUCCAUGUCUUCGGAUACAACCCAUAAAGGCUUGCCCGUUCUUUGUACAUAAACCUUUGUGAGGGUUUCACGAAGUUUCAGUAGUUCUUCCAUUUCCAGGACAAAUUCCCCUGUUCGUGAUUCAUAAAAAGAACUAGCAGGUUGAUGAAUCAUGACCCUAAAUAUAUUGAUAUUGAUAUAACAUCAUGAACGGUUCCUCUAUCUCGUAUGAUUGGGCUAAUGUAAGGGAUAAAAAAAAAAUAACAAGAAGAAAUUGAACAACCGUACAGGCAUCUUCUGUGCGUUGCAUACGGCUCCGCAAUGGAAUUUACUUUUUUCUUCUCUUCUAUUCUAUCUAAGAAAGAAAGAGAAUCCAUCUGAUUCAGAUCGUUGAAUGAUCCAUUUACCACCCUUCCUUUCGUAGGAGUCAAAAAUACUAUGAUGGUUCUGUUGCUUUAUAUAUUUAUCUCGUCUGUGAUUUAGCAAUCCCAAAGUGCCUUUCUGAUACGAUCAAAUAAGGAAAACUGAUCUUUUUUUUUUUCAUUUUCGUACUCUUCCAUAACAUAAAUAUCAGAAAGAAACUUCUGGUGUGGAAGAAAAAUGGUUUGUGACGCUGAAAUGUACCCCCGACACAUAAAAUCAACAAAUCGGAAAUAACCUUUGUUUCAUACUACUAUCUCGAUACAAAAUCUCAUGUUAUGAAAAAACAAUAAUGGUUUGUUCAUAUCGAACUCGAAGUGCCAUGCUAUUAUUACUUAUUAUUCAUAUUCAAUAUGGCGAAGGCAUAGUCUUUCUUUUUUUUUUCAAAUAAAAACUCAUUGGCGCCAAGCGUGAGGGAAUGCUAGACGUUUGGUAAUUUCUCCUCCGAUCAGAAUGAAAGAUCCCAUAGAAGCGGCUAACCCCAUGCAUAUUGUAUGCACAUCGGGUGGCACAAAUUGCAUAGUAUCAUAAAUAGCUAUUCCUGAUACUACCCAUCCGCCGGGAGAGUUUAUAAACAAAAAAAGAUCCCUAGUAUUAUCUUCUAUACUGAGAUAUACCAUGAGACCAACAAUUUGAUUUGAGAUCUCGCUAUUAACCUCUUGACCUAAAAAAAGUAAUCUUUCUCGAUGAAGUCGGUUGAUUAGGACAAAAUUGGUUCCUUUAGGAACUGUACGUGCACCUUUGGAUGCAUACGGUUCAAAAAAAUUGCGAAAAAAGAAUCAAUGUGUCGAUUCCAGUUCUAUUUUUUUUUUUUUUUUUUCUGUAAUAGGUUUUUGUUUUUCUAAUAAAGCUUCCAUUUUUAAAAAGACAUGAGAUGAGUUUUGGCUUCCUUACCUAUAAAAAAAGAAUUUACUGAACUUAUUGAAAUUGAACAAAUCUCUCUCAUUGAUGUAUUGUUUCAUCGACAUUCAAAUCACGAUGUAAUUUUCUUGUUUCUGAAUGGGCCUUUUCAAUUCUUUUAGGUUCAUGUUCUACUCCGGGAAAAGAUCUGUCCGAAUUCCAUUUGCACAUAUAGGGCAAAUGGUCUCAGUACCACUUCUUUUUGUUACGACUUUUUUUUUUCAAUUCGUUUCAUGCCUUUCCCCAAUCAUUCGAUGUACUCAUCAUACUAUUCCGUUGGUUAUUGGUUGGACGUUUGAAAUCACUCCUAUAAUAAGGAUAAGAAUCGUUUAUGAUACAAGCGGUAAUCAUACAUUACAUGGAUUACCAAUUUGGUAUUUUCUGAACGGAGCCUGGAUACUUUAUUACUUUAUUUUAUCUGGAUACUUUAUUACUUUAUUUUAUUUUUAUUUUUCCAAGUCAACCAUAAAUUCUCCUAAUUGAUCCUCAAAAUAAAUAAAUUGAUCUAAUUGCACUUCACGCUCCGAAUGAUUGAUGGUUCACUCAAUACAAUAUUUCUUAGGCGAAACAGAGGAUAUUUCGAUCGAGGGAUGAGAACGGGUAAAUUCCAUAUAACCCAAUAUGUCUGACAAGUCGCACUAUAAGUCAACCCAAACUGCAUCUUCCUCUCCAGGACUCCGAAAAGGUACUUUUGGAACACCAACGGGCAUUAAAUUAAAGAAAAAAUUGAGUACUAUACUUCACUUUAAUGUGGAAACAUAACAAUGGCUUUAUCGUCUUCAUCCCUUUUUCUGUUUAUUGUAUUUUAUACAUAGAUUUUUAUACAUAAAUUGGAAGGUUUAUUUUAUAGAGUAAGACAGAAUGAAUAAAGAAAAAUUUUAACUAACGGAUCAAUCGUUGGAGUAAUAAACAAGUAUCUAUGCAUUCGUUUCCCGAAAGUAGAACUAAUCCUCCCAUUGCGUAUUGGUACUUAUCGGGUAUAGAAUAGAUCUGCUUCUCUUUGUUCUUACGAACAGAAUUGUUCCAUUAUUUUCAAUGGAACGGAAUAAAAAUUAACCCUUUCUCAUACGGAAUCUACUGAAAAGGUUAGAUACAUAGUAUAGUCUUUUCCAAUGCGAUAAAAUAAAGUGACAUAGUGUCUAUUUUUCUUUGAUAAAGGGGUAUUUCCAUGGGUUUGCCUUGGUAUCGUGUUCAUACUGUCGUAUUGAAUGAUCCCGGUCGAUUGCUUUCUGUCCAUAUAAUGCAUACAGCCCUAGUUGCUGGUUGGGCCGGUUCGAUGGCUUUAUACGAAUUAGCGGUUUUUGAUCCCUCUGACCCCGCUCUUGAUCCAAUGUGGAGACAAGGUAUGUUCGUUAUACCCUUCAUGACUCGUUUAGGAAUAACCAAUUCGUGGGGUGGUUGGAGUAUUUCAGGAGGAACUGUAACGAAUCCCGGUAUUUGGAGUUAUGAAGGUGUGGCAGGGGCACAUAUUGUGUUUUCUGGCUUGUGCUUCUUGGCAGCUAUCUGGCAUUGGGUGUAUUGGGACCUAGAAAUAUUCUGUGAUGAACGUACGGGCAAACCAUCUUUGGAUUUGCCUAAGAUCUUUGGAAUUCAUUUAUUUCUCUCAGGGUUGGCUUGCUUUGGCUUUGGCGCAUUUCAUGUAACAGGUUUGUAUGGUCCUGGAAUAUGGGUGUCCGAUCCUUAUGGACUAACUGGAAAAGUACAACCCGUAAGUCCAGCGUGGGGCGCAGAAGGCUUUGAUCCUUUUGUUCCCGGAGGAAUAGCCUCUCAUCAUAUUGCAGCGGGUACAUUGGGCAUAUUAGCAGGCUUAUUCCAUCUUAGUGUCCGUCCGCCUCAACGUCUAUACAAAGGAUUACGUAUGGGCAAUAUUGAAACUGUACUUUCCAGUAGUAUCGCUGCUGUUUUUUUUGCAGCUUUCGUUGUUGCUGGAACUAUGUGGUAUGGUUCAGCAACUACCCCAAUCGAAUUAUUUGGUCCCACUCGUUAUCAGUGGGAUCAGGGAUACUUUCAGCAAGAAAUAUAUCGAAGAGUUAGCGCCGGACUAGCCCAAAAUCUGAGUUUAUCGGAAGCUUGGUCUAAAAUUCCCGAAAAAUUAGCUUUUUAUGAUUACAUUGGUAAUAAUCCAGCAAAAGGGGGAUUAUUCAGAGCAGGGUCAAUGGACAACGGGGAUGGAAUAGCUGUUGGGUGGUUAGGACACCCCGUCUUUAGAGAUAAAGAAGGGCGCGAGCUUUUUGUACGUCGUAUGCCUACCUUUUUUGAAACAUUUCCGGUAGUUUUGGUAGAUGGAGACGGAAUUGUUAGAGCCGAUGUUCCUUUUAGAAGGGCAGAAUCAAAGUAUAGUGUUGAACAAGUAGGUGUAACUGUUGAGUUCUAUGGUGGCGAACUCAAUGGAGUCAGUUAUAGUGAUCCUGCGACUGUAAAAAAAUAUGCUAGACGUGCCCAAUUAGGUGAAAUUUUUGAAUUAGAUCGGGCUACUUUGAAAUCUGAUGGCGUUUUUCGUAGCAGUCCAAGGGGUUGGUUCACUUUUGGCCAUGCUACGUUUGCUUUGCUCUUCUUUUUCGGACACAUUUGGCAUGGCGCUAGAACCUUGUUCAGAGAUGUUUUUGCUGGCAUUGAUCCAGAUUUGGAUGCUCAAGUGGAAUUUGGAGCAUUCCAAAAACUUGGGGAUCCAACUACAAAGAGACAAGUAGUCUGAUACAACAUUGCUCUGGUAUCUUUCGCCUCUUUUUUUGAUUUGACAUAGGGUUAGGGUACUGAAGAAAUCUUGACUUGAAUCACCAUCUUUUCUUUGACUCUUUCCUUUUCUUUAUAUGGUAAAUGAUGCCAAAUGAAUAGGUGUGGAAGCUAUAAUUGUAAACCACGAUCGAAUCUAUGGAAGCAUUGGUUUAUACAUUCCUUUUAGUCUCGACUUUAGGGAUAAUUUUUUUCGCUAUCUUUUUUCGAGAACCGCCUAAGGUUCCAACUAAAAAAUGAAAUAAUUUUUCAUUAUCUCAGUUGAAGUAAUGAGUCUCCCCAUAUGGGAGGCUCAUUACUUCAACUAGUCCCCGUGUUCUUCGAAUGGAUCUCUUAGUUGUUGUGAGGGUUGCCCAAAAGCGGUAUAUAAGGCGUACCCAGUAAAGCUUACAAGUAAACCAGAUAUGAAGAUGGCGACUAGGGUUGCUGUUUCCAUUUUUAGACAAUUUCAAGAUCACAAUGGAUCUACGAUAAGAUCGUUUAUUUACAACUACAACGGAAUGGUAUACAAAGUCAACAGAUCUCAACCAAUGAUUAAAUAGGAUUUAUGGCUACACAAACCGUUGAGGAUAGUUCUAGAUCUGGGCCAAGACAAACUACUGUAGGGAAUUUAUUGAAACCAUUGAAUUCGGAAUAUGGUAAAGUAGCUCCGGGCUGGGGGACUACACCAUUAAUGGGAGUCGCAAUGGCCCUAUUUACGGUAUUCCUAUCUAUUAUUUUGGAAAUUUAUAAUUCUUCCGUUUUACUGGAUGGAAUUACAAUGAGUUAAGUUUAUAAGAACUUUGAAGUCCUAGUUUUCAAUCAAAAAAAUUACUUUACUUAAAACUCGGAUUUCUAGACCAUUCUGGUAGUUCGACCGUGGAAUUUAUUUGUUUCGGUAUCUCCGGAAUAUGAGUGUGUGACUUGUUAUAAUUGAUCCUAUUGAUAAUACAGAGAAUGGUCCUGUUAUCUCUAUCGAGAUGAUUCUAUUUCGUCGGAUAGUUAUUCUAGUAUCUGGAGCACGGAAUAUAUAUAGAAUAUAGAAUAGAUUAAUAAAAGAAAUAUUAAAACUAUGAUUCAUACCUACUAUUCAGACCUCGCAACCGGACUCAGAAAUUUUCAAAUAGAUAUUUCCUAAAUCAAACGAUUUUUCUUCCUUCGGACUUAUUUUUUUCUUGACCGAAGGACAACUCUUUUUCUAGAUUUUGUUGAGUCAUUACAUUCAUCGAAUAAGUGAUCAUCAAAGGGUUCUUACUCAGAGAACCUUUGAGUUUAGCUUGAGGCUUUGCUUUAUUAAAUUAAAUCAUCGUGGUUCUAGUAUGAAUCUGGGGUUUCAAUUGAUUCAUAGGGUCUCAACAAGCAAAUUCCUAUCAAUAGUAAAACAAGAAUCAAUCCGCAUUACACAAAAAAACAAGAAAUAAAAUAACAAAUAAAAAAAUAGGGAAGAGAAGAUUCAAAAGGCCUGUAAUGAUCAACAUCAAAAGAGACAGAUGAGCCAACUUGAUAUUUUGAGGCAUUAUCAUACAAAGAAGAAAUUUCUUAUUUUUGUUACUUCGUAUCUUCGGGUCGGGGCAAAUCAAGCGGCUAAGCUAAGAAGUUUUUAACUUUCUAUUACAUAUCCGUUGAAAUCAGCAUUUGUGUGUUUCUGCUUGAGCCGUACGAGAUGAAAUUUUCAUAUACGGUUCUCAGAGGGGGAGUCCCUUGGCCUUGGUUACCUAUCUCAAUAAAGUAUAUGAUUGGUUUGAGGAACGUCUUGAGAUUCAGGCGAUUGCAGAUGAUAUAACUAGUAAAUAUGUUCCUCCUCAUGUCAACAUAUUUUAUUGUUUAGGGGGGAUCACACUUACUUGUUUUUUAGUACAAGUAGCUACAGGUUUUGCUAUGACUUUUUACUACCGUCCAACCGUUACAGAGGCUUUUUCCUCUGUUCAAUACAUAAUGACCGAGGCCAACUUUGGUUGGUUAAUCCGAUCAGUUCAUCGAUGGUCAGCAAGUAUGAUGGUUCUAAUGAUGAUCUUGCACGUAUUUCGUGUGUACCUUACAGGUGGAUUUAAAAAACCCCGCGAAUUAACUUGGGUUACAGGUGUAGUUUUGGCUGUAUUGACGGCAUCUUUUGGUGUAACUGGUUAUUCCUUACCUCGGGACCAAAUUGGUUAUUGGGCAGUAAAAAUUGUGACAGGCGUACCUGAAGCUAUUCCCGUAAUAGGAUCGCCUUUGGUAGAGUUAUUACGCGGAAGUGCUAGUGUGGGCCAAUCCACUUUGACUCGUUUUUAUAGUUUACACACUUUUGUAUUGCCUCUUCUUACUGCCGUAUUUAUGUUAAUGCAUUUUCCAAUGAUACGUAAGCAAGGUAUUUCGGGUCCUUUAUAGAAUCAUAGAUAUUUGUAAUUGAUCAUAUAUCAUACUGGGGAGGAACGAUAGACAAUAAUAUUUCAUUGCUAGAAAUAUGGAUUAUUGAAAAAAUAAGACAUGUUAUUUGGAUACUUUUCUUCAACUUCGAGGUAUUGUAUUCCUUAUUUGAUACGAAUAGUUGAAGUGAAUUUUCCGAAGAGAGGAUGGAUUAUGGGAGU